CAGAGACAUACUCUACAUAUCUACAUAUAUUUUUGUUUGGCAAAUACAAAAAUACAAGCCUUUAAGUGUAAUAUAGCUAAAAAAAAAAUAAUUAAAUGGAUGCCAUAAAUAAUAUAUUCAAACCACUAGAUGAUGAGGAAUAUAGAGAUGAGAAAAAACCUGACUGCCUAAAGGAUGAGGAAAAUCGUGAUGGUAACAUGUCCAAUCUGGACAAACUAUUUGAUAAACUUUGCCCAAAUGAUCAUAGUUUCGUAAGGGAAGAGGUGGAUAUUAAGAAUCCAAAGCCGGAAAUUAGUGACUUUUACAAGAAUUUUUUUAUGAAGAGUCCUAUUGAUUUUUCCUGGAAAAAGGCCAACAUAAAGGGUGAUCUGAUGGGAAACGACUUAGAUAUAGACUAUGUGAAUAUUUUUGAGGAUGUGGGCAAACUGGCCCAGGUGGAGAAGCAGCUGCAGUUGCUCUACAGACCCUUCACUUGUGUCAUGGAUGUCAGCUGCCGAUUCAAUAUGUACGAACUGUGCCUGCUGCUGAUCGAUUCCCGCUACGAUCCGGGUAGUCAUCCUUCCGUCUCCGUGAAGGUGACCCAUCCCAGUGCCCUGGUGAAGAUCACUCCAGGUGGCAAGAUUGUGUCCACCGCUUUAUCCGUUGAUUCGGCAAGGCGUGCCCUGUUCAAGGUCGUUAGAAUACUGCAGAAUCUGGACUACAAGGCGGAUGUGAAUAAUUUUAGCAAGAAUAUUGUGAAUGCCUCUUUCAAUAUGCCAUUUAAACUCGAUCUGGAGCUGAUGAUUCGUCGGCAUCCGGAGGAGGUUACUCAUAACCGCAGCAAGCGACCCUUUAUCACCUACACUUUCGAAGAUUUGGGCGUGAGAUUCGCCAUCUUUCCCACAGGAUUCGUUUUGGUCCUGCACUCCUCGAGUCACAGCGAAACAAGGGCGGCCUUAGGUGCAUUUCUGCCAAUCCUGGCCAGGUUCAAGAAUGGAUAUCCAACUUUGGAGGAGCAGCAGGGAUUGCUGGUGGGGGAUCUCACAUAUAAAUUGGUGUGGGAAAGGCGAUUGGAGGACGACAAGGACGGUCUCUUGCUCUACUCUUAGGAUAUUAAUUAUUUAGUUUUAUUAAUAAAAUAUUUUUUUUUUUCACUAGGAA